ACUAUAAUUCCUUUUUCCAGAUGUGAAGCAAACCAUCAGACAGCUCAUUAAAAGGUCACUUAGGCCAUCAACUAGAGACUCAAGCCGUGGGAGGGUGCCUUAUGAGCCAAAACAGGCACCUCCUUUCACCCUUGAGCAGAUGUUGCGGAUGCGCAACUACUGCUUGAAAACAGUUGAGGGUUUACGUGGCUUGUGGUUAUGGACUAUAACCUUGUUUUCAUUUUCCUUAUUCUUACGAGGGGAGGAACCUCUACGUUUGAAGAUGAGACACAUCAAAUUACCUCCCAACUAUUCAGUUGAAUCAGGUAAAUUGCCACAGCGAUUGGAAGUGAAAAUGCCGUGGUCAAAGGCAGAUAAGAAAGCUAAAGGAGUAACACUUACACUGUGGGCUAACCCUCUAAAAUCAGAGUUAUGUCCAGUUACUGCUCUUUUAAUAUGGCUACUUGUUUCAGAUGUAAGAAAAGGACUCCUUUUCCCCAGGGUUGCAAAGAACAACCGCAAGUUACAUCCCAACUCUGCCCGAGGUGUAACAUCGUACAGAAAAAUAUUUUCUGAGAUGUGCCAAGCUCUUUUUGAUAAGGAGUUCACAACCCACAGCAUUAGACGUUCAGCUGCUAUAUGGGCUGCUCGAUGUGGGGCAGAUGACAGCACGAUUAAAAGGGCAGGAAGAUGGUAGGUUCCAUAUGAUGUUAUUACAUACUGUUGAGUCUGCGAUAACAUAUUGCUUUUGUCUUGGAAUGAUCCAARUGGGGCAUUUGUUUGUCAAUAGAAAACCUGUUUUCUCAUUUGGCUAUUUGCAUUAUGCAUCUGUGAUAUCUACUAAUAAUUUCACCUCCAAAUCACCAUUGAGUUGUUCCAAGUUUUAUACAAACAAUCAGCAAGGGAAAUC